UUCCUGAUUUACAUACAGAAUUGGCACCAACUUACAUAAGUUACCAUGGAGCGAUUAUAUGGCACUUGUAUGGAGAGAAUCGCAACUCUUUCUGGUACCAAUGUUUCUGUCAUAUCAUCCAUAGAUGCCUACGUGUAUUUGUGUAAGAAUCUAAGUUCCCAUGUGUAUACGUCACGAAAAACCCAUGACGUCAUCGACUUUGCGGACAUUUUUCCGCUGGACAUUGCACUACCUGUUCUAGGCGUGGCUUCUCCAUUUGUUAUAAUAUUAACUUUUAUUUUGAACGUUUGCGUUGUGAAAGUUCUGACGGAGAAAAAACUCCGAUCGCCAACGAAUGCGUUGUUAGUGACGAUUGCUAUCUUGGAUCUGGUAACUGGAUGUUUAAGACUACCGUGGUAUAUUAAUACUUAUAGUCUACAGGGGUAUAAAUAUUUACCCAACGAAACGUGGUGUUAUUAUUAUUAUUAUCUCUUCAGAGUGACGCCUACCAUAAUACAUAUGACGUCAUUGUGGUGCACUGUUCUUUUGGCAUUCCAGAGAUAUGUGGGAGUUUCGCAAAUGCGACGAAUCGGCUGUGUGUGCCAAUACAAAGGACUGACCAUCGCCAUUGUGGUAAUCGCCCUGUGUUCCCUUGUCGUCCAUUGUUUCCAGUUGAUCCUUAUAAAGCUGGAAUCUAUAACGGUCACCAGCAACCAAUUCUUUAACUUGGAUGGCAGCGCUUCGUACACCAAUACUUGUGCUAUGGUGAUCCGAGAUGAACACUUUAAUGUUUAUUUUUCACAAUACUACGGAUGGAUUCGCUUGAUAUUGGCCCAAGUCCUACCUUGUGUGUGUUUGGCAAUUUUUAACUUUCUGUUGCUGCGGAUCACGGUCAAGGGCUAUAGAUACCGGCGUCAUCUGGUUCGUGGAAAUAAAGUAGCCCAGAAUAGAGAGCUAAAAGCUACACUACGCAUGUCCAUAAUGCUCGUUCUCAUAACCGGAAGUACCUUGCUGGCAGAAGCUUUUGUGGCGGUGUUGCUGUUAAUUGAAACCACACAAAACCACAGUCAAUACCUCAUCAUUGAACACGACACAAUCUCCAAAUCAAUUGUAAUCUCAAAUUUUCUUAUUCUUUUUACCUUCCCAUUAAACUUUAUGUUCUACUUCGCAAUGAGCAGUCGAUUUAGAAGAUAUUUCACCAUGUGGUUUAUACAAAGAAAGCGUCGACGUAUAGUUCCGUUGUUAGGGGCACCGAGAUACGUCGGCCACCAUUAUGAUGAGGAAGAAGACGAAGACGAUGAAGAUGAAGCGGAACCGGAAGUAGCUUCACCAGUUCCUUUGAAUAACUUGCAGUUAAACAUAUCCAGUCACCAUAAUUCGAAGGAAGCAUCGAAAUCUAACCCUACAUCGUCGCAAGUUUUGUGAAACUAGUAAAUGAUGAAUAUUCAGAGAUUUUCUAUAUGUGUAACAGAGAUUUCAGGGUUGUUAGAGCUCGGUUGUAUAAAUAUAUAUAUAUAUAUAUAACUCUUGAUUUAAUAUACGGCGCCAUGUUUGUAUACCAAAGAAUCCUUUUGCUCACUCACAAGAAAGUAACAUUAGAUAUGUUUCAUUAAACAUACAUUAUGCAAGAGCUAAAUCUGCCUAUUGCAGGUCUUUCUUUAAGUCAGAAAGGUUAUCUAAAUUAUUAAUUAGACAUUAAUAAACAUAUCCAGUCCAUAAUCCACUCUCGAUGGCAUCACGAUGUUUAUUGGAUUACGUUCCGAUUUGUUGUUCUACUUCCAUUCAUAAUUAAAUCAAAAAAUGGAUAAUCGAGACUAUUUGUUUAUCCUACCUACUUUAGCAAUGAUGUUCGAGGCUAGCCCCAAUAUUCAAUCGCUAAAAUCUCGGUUCAGAGUGGAUCAAUUUGUCUGAAAUUAUCAGCAAAUUCCCUUUACAUUAUCUAGUUUUUAACUAUUAUAGUGAGAACUGCCAGCUCUUUUUCUAAUCUAACAUAAUGUGUCUUUAAGUUUAGGGAAAAAAUAACUCCUCUGAGGUAUAAGGUUUUAACUUCGUGGCGAGAAAUCGAUUAGAACUGACUUCUAUCCUGAUAAAACAACGUCAGUGGCGAAGAUUGAUGAUGGUGGAGUAGCCUACAAUGACAUCCCAGUCCGGAAAUCCAUCUUAUCUCUUGAACACGUCUUCGUGAUGACGAAAAUCAUCGUUUUGUUUUUAUGUUUGAAAAUGCAUUAGCCAUUUAGAUAAAGAGAUAAUCGUUACUGCUAUAAUUUUUCUAAAAUAGCUAUUUAAAGAUAUUCAGUCAAAUUACUUUAUUCUGGGCGAAGUUAUGAGUGUUUGAAGUUUUGACGAGAUAGUCUCGAUUGUCAA